UAAACCCCACCUUGCGGUCCAAUCCAGUUGCUCUCUCUCUCGCUCUCUCUCUCUCUGAUUGGAGAAGCGUAGUGAAAUGGCGAAAGGGAAGAAGGAACUUCUGAAGUCGGCCCCGUGGAGGGUGGGAUCCGAGGAAGACGAAAAGUUCAAAGAUGCGAAGAUGAAGGUCACGCGCGAGCCGGGUUCGACUCCAACUAUGCACGUCCCUGCGAAGGACUCCGCCGGAUCAAACCCCAACGCGCUCCAAGACGACGACGAUCCUCUAAUCGAAAUCGAUCCUCAGCUUCGUUAUAGCUUCCAGCGGAAUUUCAAGUUUCUGCAGCAUGUUUUCAGUGUUGACACCGUUGUCAAACCUCUCCCUAUAUCAAUGCAAUAUAAUGUUUCUCGCAACUUGAGCUUCUUCACCCGCAUCUUUACGCAGUUCUUUGAUCCUGAAGGAAUAGCAGAUGCGCAGAAAUCUUUAGGCUUGGGACACGAAGAAAAAGUGCGUAAAGUUCGCUGAAGAAGCUCAUUGGAAUCUGUAACUGUUUUUUUAUGAAAUAGAAUGCAAUAUAUGUUUGCAAUUCUUGUUUUGGAAUGCCAUUCUUGAUUGGGAUGAUAAGUCCAUGUCAAACUUUUAAAAGUAGUGCAUUUUUACCUCUUUCUUCGCAUGUAUGGUUGAAAAAAAAUGAUGGGCAUGAGGUAUCUUCAUUCCUUCAAUUAUACUCUUUUUGUCCCAGCAAAACCUUCUUGUUUUGACUUUUUAGUCAAACAGUGAUAUUAUUUGACCAUAAAUUAUGAAAAAUAUU